AUGAACUUUGAAGUUGUUGUACUUCACCAUGAGGCUCUGAAGGACAAGUGUAUAGUUAAAGGAACUGCACUGUUACAUGAUGCGACCUUAAGCAAGAUCCUUAGGCCUUUGGAGCUGGAACGAUUGCUGUCAUACGAAACAAUCUACGAGAAUGAAGUCACCAAAAUCAAACUGAAUGGGGUCACCGAUUUAAAAAACACAUCUGUUGUCUGCAAGCCGGGACACCUCAAGCGCAGGAAACGACAGGUGUAUGGCAUAGGGCGAUUUGUGAUCACAGAUAAACAUUUUAGCACCAAUUACCCGUUUUCUGCCUCUGUGAAGCUCUCCACCGGCUGCUCUGGAAUCCUGGUGUCCCCAAGACACGUUCUGACCGCAGCUCACUGUGUUCACGACGGACAAGGCUAUCUAAAAGGAAGCAGGAGACUCCGAGUGGGUAUCAUGAAGCUUCGCUCCAAACGUAAGAGAGGGCGGCAGCAAGGGAACAGGAGGAGAGGACAGAAGAUAAAAGAUAGUCAAGUGAAAAAUACGGAAAAAGAUGUAGCCACUGAAGGACAAGCAGAUAAAAAAGACAAGGAACACCGGAGAAAGAACCGUAUCAGAGGCAAGUCUGAUUCAGAUCAGUCCAAAUUACUAGAGACAGAUUCCAGGCAUCCAACGUUUCGGUGGACGCGUGUCAAACGAACACAAGUGCCAACUGGCUGGAUGAACAGAGAGGGAAAUUAAGUCUCACCUGACUAUAAUUACGCCUUACUGGAGCUGAAAAGACCACAGAAGAUGGGAUACAUGGAAUUUGGCAUAGUUGAAGACAUCCCAGCUGGAAGAAUUCACUUCUCUGGUUUUGAUAAUCAGUCGGGGAACGUGGUCUACCGUUUCUGUUCGGUCUUAGAGGAAUCAAAUUAUCUACUGUACCAGUUCUGUGAUGCUCAAAAGGGAUCUAGUGGAGCUGGAGUGUAUGUACGGCUCCAAGAGCCCGACGGUAAAUGGGGAAGAAAAACAAAGUGGAGGAGAAAGGUUAUGGUGUUUUAUGGACACCAGUGGGUGAAUGUAAAUGGUACACAGCAAGACUUUAAUGUGGCAGUCAGAAUUACAUCUGCAAAAUGAUAUGCCCAGAUAUGCAACUGGAUACAUGGAGAUGCCAGUCACUGUAAACUGGUGUUAUUAUGUUUAUAACAUGUAACGCGUCAACAGGUCCUCAGAAACUGGUGCUGUUUGGGGCCAAAAAUGUGACAUUGCACAUACAAAGCAUCUUUUGUAUAAUUUUUUGCAAGGAAAGUGACGCUGUAGUUUUUAUUAGUUUAAAAGGCCAAAUUUGAGAUCGUUGGCAUGUUUAUGUUCAAAUCUCCAGCAAAGUUCGCAGAAAUUCAAUUAACUACAAAAAUGAAGCAAAACAGCCGGACUUAUUCAAAAUCGUACUUCGCUAAGAAACAUCGAACCCAAAAAUAAAAGUUUCGUCAACAUUUUCUCAACCCCUUUCAUUGCAAAUCAGACCUCCUGUUUCCGAUAUAGAACAAGUAGUGACUUUUACUUCUGCUAUAAGCACUGAAUGUGUCGUGUUG